UAUUUGAACGGCGAAAAGCGGGGGUGCAAACAUUCGAGAGGGAAACAAAGAAAGAGUGAAAACCUUCGUUGCUCUUCGACGCAAAACUGGAAUAAUUAACUUUUUCACACUUUGACAACUAUAUAAGAUCUCCGCCAUGUCUCACAAACAGAUCUACUACUCUGAUAAAUAUGACGAUGACAAAUACGAAUACAGGCAUGUAAUGUUACCCAAAGAAAUAGCUAAGCGUGUACCCAAGACCCAUUUGAUGUCGGAGACCGAGUGGAGGAACCUGGGUGUUCAGCAGAGCCAAGGAUGGGUGCAUUACAUGAUCCACCAGCCAGAACCACACAUCUUGCUGUUCCGUCGUCCUCUACCCAACCCAAAAUCAUAAGAGAAACUCUCUGGGUCCUUGGAUGAUCAGCCCCACUUUUGUGCCACAGACCAACUCAUCAAAAUAGAGAUCAUGCUGUCACAUUACCAAGCUCUUGUGGAAGGUGAUUUGGACUGAUCAUAUUGGACCUAGGGAAGGACUAUUGCAGUAAAGAACCAGGGAUGUGGGAUGGUGUAUGCAUUUAAGACCACCCUUCUCUUGCGGAAAGACUUGUGCAAGUGUGAACCGUGACACCGUCUGCCAGAAACAUUCAAGUCACCUUACACUGUCCUUUUGAUUCAACCCAGCUCUCUGACUCGCCGAAUCUGCUUGGAUAUUCCAGCUUUUUAGAACAAUUGUUAUAUGAUGUGGGGGAAUUGUUCAGGCGUAGGAAUGAUUCUAACAGUGUUCUGGGUCAGUCUCAGGUCAGAACGCCCUAAUGAUCAGAUCAGACUGAAACAUUUUUAAGUGAGUUGCUACUUGGUUUCAAUGACACUGUAAAUUUGCAUUUAACAAUUUUUCAUGUGCAUGAAAAAGUGCAUCUACAGUAGUCACCUGGAAGCUAGUUUUGAACCCUUUCCCGUGAAAGUGUUUAAUUUAGUUUUGUCCUAUUUGAAAACAUCUCUCUGAUGGGUCUGAUCGUACCUGUUAGCUGCUCACUAUUUAUGAAUGUUGCCCUUUCUGAAAUAAAUAUCGUUUUAAAUCUUA